ACUACAUUCUAGCUUCGGACUGUGGCUGCCACGACGUUUGGGUGGAAAUUGAUAAACUGAAAGGUUAUAUAAGGAGAGGGUUGAAGCAAAAUGCGGAUAAUAAAGACUAUAACACCUUUUUUUUUAUAUCUAUAGAGAAAUGCCGUGUGUCUUUCUCUGCUCGUUUUGCCAAAAGAAAUGGCUACGCCAUUCGUGAUGAGGAGAUAGGUGGAGCCUAUGACUCAUCUACGGGUGUAUUUUCAGCACCUUGCGAUGGACAGUACUUUGUCACUGCUUCACUUCGUUCCCAUCAAGCUAUGGACAGCGGAUAUGUUGAAGGCGUUAUUGCGGUCGACAAAGAGCCAAAGGCGAGGACUUCUGUCUUCAUUGACGCCCCAGUGGAUAAUAUCCAGAGUGCUACGAAUGGAGUAGUCCUUACUCUCAGAUCAGGACAGAAGGUGGCUGUGGUUGUCAAGACAACCAGUUCUGGAGAAAUUAUUGGAGAAGAUUAUUCUGUGUUUUCAGGUUUCUUCCUGUUUCCUUAA